ACACAAUUUACAAUCGUAGCCGUCAAAUCCGGCCCGGCCCGGAGAGUCCGACAGCUCCGCGGAGAGUCCGUCCAUACCAGGCACUAGCUUCCAGACAGUGUCGGGAUAGCAUUCUGCUAUAAAAGCCAGUCCUCUUGCAGCCAUUGAAUAUUCUAGUCAAGGUACCCAAGCCGAAAAAUCAUCAAGUUUCAACCCUUAGCCAACACCAAACAUCAUGACCAACUCGUCAAACCCCGACCUCGUCGCCCUGAACUCAUUGACGCUGGGGACCAACAUGCCGGAGGUGACUCUACCCGAUGGCAGCAAAGUGCAGACCGGGACAGUCGGAACGCUGUUGAUCAACAUUCGAGCGUAUAACAGGGCUUAUGCCGUGGGAGAUCAUGCCCAGAUGGAGACCCUCCAAGCCGGGCUAAAAGCUGCAGUACCGCUGCUGCAGAGAGUGGGCAUGUUUGAUCUGUUCCGGCCGGAGGAGUGGAUCGCAGGGGAGAAUGAGGGGCGGAGGCUGGUGGGGAGGAUGUAUCAGGAGUUGGUGGAAUAUUCUGCCUGA